CAGCGAAUGACACUUGAAGUCGUCUCUAUGCCCACUGCAUUUGCGACUUCUGCGUACUUGUAGCUUAAAUGCCACCUAAGCUGAGAUAUGUCCGUAUGGACAUAGAUGAUCGCGCUUGGGAAAGAAAUGACACUGAGCUUGAGGAAUGGGAACGAUCCUUGAAUAAAGCAACAAUCUAUCGCGACAUCGCAAACUUCAUCACGAUGCAUCGCCCCGGGAAGGCUGUGGAACUACAUGGACCCAUCAAGGGCGGCUAUAAUGUCUUCUAUCGAUUGGAGUAUGAUGAUGAAUCCUCUAUUGCUCUUAGAAUUCCCAGUCCAGCUACUAGAUUUCCAGAUGAGAAGGUUCGGUACGAGGUCGCCACAAUGAGAUAUGUCGCUGCCAAUACUACUAUCACAGUGCCCAAGAUAUACCACUGGGGAACCUCGCAAGAGAACCCCUUGGGACUUGGCCCAUUCAUGAUCAUGGAGUAUAUUGAGAAUGAGACAACUUUGUCUCAAGCCCUCAACAAUCCGACACUAGAUCCGACUGAUUCUCACUCACUUGACCCCAACAUCAGUGACGCGAGGCUCGAAUUUCUGUAUCGGCAGAUGGCAAACAUUAUUCUCCAACUCUCAACCUUGUCUUUCCCAGAAAUUGGGUCCUUGGUUGAAAAUGACGAAAGGAACAUAUCUCUAUGUGGAAGGCCACUCAUGCAGAACAUGAAUUCCAUUCUCGAUCUCACCGGCUCACUAGAAAAUGAGGAUGAUGCGCGCGAUAAGUACGUUGCUCGCCAGCUAUUCCGGAACCUCGCCUCAGAAGGACGUCUAGACUCCAAGUCAAGCAACGACGACUAUGGUACUAGCUUCCGUCUCUUCUCCGAGGACCUGCGACCAUCUAACGUCUUAAUCGAUAAGGAUCUUAAAGUUGUUGGUGUUAUCGACUGGGAGUUUGCGUAUGCAGCCCCAGCAGAGUUUUCCUUCGAUUCUCCCUGGUGGCUUUUCUUAGAGUACCCAGAGUACUGGCCAGGCGGAUAUGAGAAGUGGAUGGAAGCAUACGAGCCUCGCUUUGAUACCUUAAUUACUGUCUUGCGGGAUGAAGAGAGGAAGCUUAAGACUCAAAAAGCUGUCGAAAACGGCCUCAAAGACCUUGACGUCUCUGAUAAUGAGCCACUGUCACUUUCACAGAAAACGCAGAGAAGUUGGGCAAGCAAAGAGUGGAUGAUUAGGUAUUUAGCGAGAAAUAUCUGGGCCUUCGAUUUCAUCUAUUGGAGAUAUUUGGAUCCUGUGUUCUUUGGCAACAAUGAAGAUGGUGAUUAUCGGGCGAGACUUGCCAAUCUGAGCCAGAAGCAACAAGAUGCUAUGGAGCCUUUCGUUAAGUUCAAGAUGAGUCAAGAGAAGGAAAGAAAGCUGGUGCAGUGGAGUGAGGAAGAUGCCAGAGCUGAACUUUGCAAGAUCCUAGCAUAG